GAGUUUUGGUUUUUGGAAGAAGAGAAAUAUAAGGUUUACAGGUUUUUAAAAAGAGAAACCUUGACAGCUUUUUUCCUUCACUUUUCUCUCUGUUACCUGGUUCGAUGAGAUGAAGCGUUGGCAAGGGUGAGGGGGGGUUUCAGUUUGGGGGAAGAGGAAGUUGAGUUCAAGAGGAGAUUUUUCUUUUUGGAGUUUUGGAACUUUUUGUUUGAAUUAGGGUAUCUUUGAAGCUCCGUUUUUGUGAAAUGCUAUCGUUGAAAAGGUAGAGGGAAUUGAGUUUGAUUGAACAGGUUUCGGUUGUAAUUGUGAAAAGUACUGGUGUUUUUGGUUUUCAUUUUUUUUUUCCCCUUAGAUUUUAAACGAUGAUGUUAUCGGCAUCACCAACAACGCUGGCGAGGAGCUCGCUGGAGGAGAUGCUGGACUCGCUGCGGAGGCGAGAUGAGUGCGAGAAGCCGAAAGACUUGCCGCCGGCGCUUCCAGCUCGGCCGACGUCGAAGGCGCGGCUUCCUUCGGCACGCCGCUCGCUCCCGGCGGGCUUCGGGCUCGGAGAUAACAUAGACAACAACGCCGGGGUAAACGGCAGCAACAAUAUCGUUGCUGUCGAGACCGAAAUGAAAUUGAAGGAGGAGGGGAAAAGAAAAGAGAGGGUUUUGGGAGGGAAGAGGAAUAGCUUCGGAAGCAAGAAAAUGAGGACGGGGCAGAGUGGGGAGUGCCCGUAUGUUGCGGAUGCAGCAGCAUCGGAGGCAGUAGAGGAGAGGAAGAGUGAGGGUCUGGCAACUGCUGCGGUGGUUAAUUCAGCAAAGGCAACGGCGGAUAAAAUUGGAGAAUCAGAGUGGAAUGAUAACAUUGGAUAUUUCAUCAAGAAGAAACUCCGUGUUUGGUGUCGGGUUCCUAACCGACAGUGGGAAUCAGGAAUAAUACAAUCAACUUCUGGGGAGGAAGCUUUUGUUUCACUGUCCGAUGGAACUGUUGUGAAGGUGUCUGCCGGGGAGCUUUUACCUGCAAACCCAGAAAUUCUUGAAGGUGUUGAAGAUCUUAUACAGCUUAGUUAUCUGAAUGAACCAUCUGUUCUUCAUAAUCUUCAGAGAAGAUAUUCUCAGGAUAUGAUUUAUAGUAAAGCAGGCCCAGUUUUGGUUGCAGUCAAUCCGUUCAAAAAUGUCCAUAUAUAUGGAAAUGAUUUUAUUACAGCUUAUAGGCAGAAAGCCAUUGACAGCCCUCAUGUUUAUGCUAUAGCAGACACGGCUUACAAUGAAAUGAUGAGAGAUGGAGUGAAUCAGUCCAUAAUCAUCAGUGGGGAAAGUGGAGCAGGGAAAACUGAGACAGCUAAAUUUGCUAUGCAGUAUUUAGCUGCUCUGGGUGGUGGUAGUUGUGGGAUAGAAUAUGAAAUUCUUAUGACAAAUUGUAUACUUGAAGCAUUUGGAAAUGCAAAGACAUCGAGAAAUGACAACUCUAGUCGAUUUGGGAAAUUGAUUGAAAUUCAUUUUAGCACAUCGGGAAAGAUUUGUGGUGCUCAAAUCCAAACCUUUCUGCUAGAGAAGUCGAGAGUGGUUCAGCUGUCAAAUGGUGAAAGAUCAUAUCAUAUCUUCUAUCAACUUUGCGCUGGUGCUUCAUCAAUUCUUAAAGAGAGAUUGAAGCUUAAAAAGGCUAGUGAGUACAACUAUCUUAACCAGGGUGAUUGCUUGGCAAUUGAUGGUGUUGAUGAUGCUCAAAAAUUUCACAAGCUUAUGGAAGCCUUUGACAUUGUGCAAAUUUGCAAAGAAGAUCAAGAGCAUGCUUUUGAGAUGCUUGCUGCGGUGUUGUGGCUCGGAAAUAUAUCAUUUAAUGUGAUUGACAAUGAAAAUCAUGUGGAGGUGUUAGCUGAUGAAGCUGUAACCAAUUCUGCCACGUUGAUGGGCUGCAGUGUUCAGGAGCUAAUGCUAGCUUUAUCUACCCAUUACAUCCAAGCUGGCAAAGAUAGUAUUGCCAAGACCUUGACAUUGCGGCAGGCAGUUGACACAAGGGAUGCAUUGGCUAAAUUUAUAUAUGCAAGCUUGUUUGAUUGGCUCGUGGAACAGAUCAAUAAGUCACUUGAAGUGGGCAAACAGUGUACAGGGAGAUCCAUAAGCAUCCUUGAUAUUUAUGGGUUUGAAUCAUUCAAGAAAAAUAGCUUCGAACAGUUUUGUAUAAAUUAUGCAAAUGAGAGACUGCAGCAGCACUUCAAUCGACAUUUAUUUAAACUUGAACAGGAGGAUUAUGAAUUGGAUGGAAUUGAUUGGACCAAAGUUGAUUUUGAAGAUCAAGAGUGUUUGGAUCUAUUUGAGAAGGUAAUUCAGUGGUUUACUCUUCUCUGCCUUCUCAGUACUUUUCUGUAUUUGUUUGACAGAGUUAUUAUGGUAUAUUAUCUGCAAUAUUCAAGACUUCUAACCAUGUAGGGUUUUGAACUUCUUUUGACUCUAUAUAUCUCAAUUUAUUAACAGGUUCUGUAUGAUACAAAUGGCUUUCUGGAGAAGAACCGAGAUCCACUGAACUCUGGCGUCAUCCGUCUCCUAACGUCAUGCAAUUGCCAGUUAUCACAACUGUUUGCCAGCAAAAUGCUUAAGCAAUCCCAGAAACCAGCAAAUAUGUCAGACUCUCCAAAUCGAAGUGUUGGUACAAAGUUUAAGGGCCAACUCUUCAAGUUAAUGAACCAGUUGGAGACCACUACUCCUCACUUCAUUCGCUGUAUAAAGCCAAACACCAAGCAGCUUCCUGACACGUAUGAAGAGGACCUCGUCUUACAACAGCUUAGAUGUUGCGGCAUACUGGAGGUUGUCAGAAUCUCAAGAUCAGGAUACCCUACUAGAAUGACACACCAAGAGUUUGCAGGAAGGUACGGAUUCCUACUUGGGGAGAAUAGUGUAUCUCAGGAUCCUUUAAGUAUGUCAGUUGCCAUUCUGCAAGAAUUUAAUGUCCCCCCUGAAAUGUACCAAGUUGGUUAUACAAAGUUGUAUCUCCGAACAGGGCAGAUUGGUGCGUUGGAGUAUAGGAGGAAACAAGGUCUGGAUGGCAUAGUUGGGAUUCAAAAAUGCUUCCGUGGUCACCAUGCCCGUAAUUAUUUCUAUGAACUCAAGAAAGGAGCAACAACACUACAAUCAUUUAUCCGAGGUGAAAAUGCCCGAAGAAAAUGGAAAAUUGACGCCAAGAUGCUUCCAGCUGCUUCCCCUCAAAUGCUUGAUGAACAGCUGACAGCAAUCAUAUUUUUGCAGUCUGUUAUUCGUGGCUGGUUGGUUCGGAGAAAUAUAACUAAGAUGCAUCAUUCGAAGCAGUUAAUCAGUGAGAAUGUAAAACCAAAGUCUAAGCCAGGCAGGAGGAUAUCAGAUGUCAAGGACAUACCCCAAGAGCGGGACAAGGUUCCAUCUUCAAUUGUAGCUGAGCUUCAAAUGCGGGUGCUUAAAGCGGAAGCAACUUUGGGAGAAAAGGAAGAGGAAAACUGUGCGUUGCGAGAGCAACUGCAACAAUUUGAGACAAGAUGGUCAGAAUAUGAGGCAAAGAUGAAAUCAAUGGAGGAGAUGUGGCAAAAGCAGAUGUCAUCUUUGCAAAUGAGUCUAGCUGCUGCCAGAAAGAGUCUUGCUGCGGACAACACUGCAGGUCAACCCGGAAAACUAGAGACCUCAUCUCCUUACUGUUACGAUUCUGAAGAUCUUGGGGCAACUCCUGGGGGAAGCACACCACAGAACUUCUGUAAUGCCAUUCUUGAUGCUAGAGCAGUGAGGGAGAGUAAUGGUAGUAUGAAUGCGGUUAACCAUCUGGCAAAGGAAUUUGAUAUGCGGAGACAAAUAUUUGAUGAUGAUGCAAAGUCCCUAGGUGGGGUAAAAACAGCACAUUCAGGGCCCAUCAUGAACCCUGAUGAAGAACUUAGGAAGUUGAAACUGAGAUUUGAGGUAUGGAAGAAAGAUUACAAGACAAGAUUGAGGGAGACAAAGGCAAGAAUCCAUAAACUCGGGCAUCAAGAAGGUGAUAGAAGCCGUAGGAAGUGGUGGGAGAAGAUAAGCUCAAGAGCAUAGUGUUUCCAUAUAGCUGAUAAUUUCUGUGUUAGACAAAGAUGGGGCUUCUAUCAUGUGAGAAAUGUCAAGUGGGUGAAAAUCUAUCUUGUGUAUCUACCAUUUUUCACUUUUUGGUGGGUGGACUCAUGUGCAUAGCUAAAUAGGGAUAUUCUUAGUUAGAGAUUCCAGGUCCUCUAGGUUGUGUAUAUUCUGCUAUCAAAUGUAAUGUCAGGACACCAAAUAUGAAUGAAAGAUGUUCAUAUUGCUAAAA